CACAUCCUCCCACAUACGCUAAAGACCAUAUAGUUAAUGGUGUAGACUUAUAACUUAUAGUUAUAUAUUCACUUAAUGUGAUUGUAAUUUUUUUUAUUAAAAAGAAAUGCCUGUAAAGUGCACACGCUGUUGUGUAAAAGUUGCUGUACUUAAACGACCGAAAACGAGUGAUGCUUUGUGCAAAGAAUGCUUUUUUUGGGCAUUUGAAACUGAAGUCCAUGAAACUAUUACAAGAGCCAAACUUUUCAAACCAGGUGAAUAUGUUGCUAUUGCUGCCUCAGGAGGAAAAGAUUCAACUGUGCUGGCUUACAUAAUGAAACUUCUCAAUGAACGAUAUAAUUAUGGCUUGAAAUUGGUCUUGUUAUCUGUCGAUGAAGGUAUUACAGGCUACAGAGAUGACUCUUUAGAGACAGUGAAAAGAAAUCAGCAACAGUAUGAAUUGCCACUAAAAAUCCUGUCGUAUGAGGAACUCUAUGGUUGGACAAUGGAUGCCAUAGUUCGACAAAUUGGUCUGAAGAGUAACUGUACAUUUUGUGGUGUAUUUAGAAGACAAGCCCUGGAUCGAGGAGCUGUGCUACUUGAAGUUAACAAAAUUGUUACAGGUCACAAUGCUGAUGACAUUGCUGAAACUGUAUUAAUGAAUAUUCUCAGAGGAGACAUAGCAAGGCUUCAGCGUUGCACAUUGAUUACCACAGGUACUGAGGGAGCAAUUCCAAGGUCCAAACCUUUUAAGUAUACGUACGAAAAAGAAAUUGUAAUGUAUGCCUACUUUAAGAAACUAGACUACUUUUCAACUGAGUGUAUCUAUUCUCCUAAUGCCUAUAGGGGCCAUGCCAGAGCUUACUUGAAAGACUUAGAGUCAGUCAGGCCUAGUGCUAUUCUGGAUAUAAUUCACUCGGGAGAAUGUAUGUCAGUCAAGGAUGGAAUCAAGCUGCCUACCCAAGGGCUGUGUACUCGAUGUGGGUAUAUCUCCAGCCAGGAAGUUUGUAAAGCAUGUGUGAUGCUGGAAGGGCUAAAUAAAGGAUUACCUAAGUUGGGUAUCGGAAAGAGCAGUAAAGUAAAGAGAAGGGUGGAAUCUCUUUGCAAAGAUGCAAGUAAAGAGGAAGAAAGCUGCUAGAAUCCUAACUGAAGCACUUUCAUUCACGAUAUCAGUAGACUGUACAAGUUUACUGACCCUUUCAUUCACGAUAUCAGUAGACUGUACAAGUUUACU